CGGCCCCACAGUGUUUGGCGGCCCCGCUCGCCCCCUUUCGCAGCGCAGCGAGCCGGCCGCGCGCGCACUGCUCCGCCGCGCCAGCAUGUCAGCGCUGAGCUCCGCCCGCCGCCUGCUCCUGCUGCGCCCGCCGCAGCUCGCCUGCCCGCGGGCCGCCCGGAGCCGGGGCUGCAGCAGCGCCAGCCCGCGGAACCCGCUGGUCUACCUGGACGUGGGAGCCGACAACCAGCCCCUGGGGCGCGUCGUGCUGGAGCUGAAAGCUGAUGUGGUUCCAAAGACAGCUGAAAAUUUCAGAGCUCUUUGUACCGGUGAAAAGGGUUUUGGGUAUAAAGGCUCCACCUUUCACAGAGUGAUUCCUUUAUUUAUGUGCCAGGCUGGGGACUUUACCAACCACAAUGGCACAGGAGGAAAAUCUAUUUACGGCAGUCGAUUUCCAGAUGAAAAUUUCAUACUUAAGCAUGUUGGACCCGGUAUACUCUCAAUGGCCAAUGCAGGACCCAAUACAAAUGGGUCUCAAUUCUUCAUUUGCACUGCCAAAACUGACUGGCUAGAUGGAAAACAUGUUGUGUUUGGCCAUGUAAAGGAAGGAAUGGAAGUUGUGAAAAAAAUCGAAAGCUUUGGCUCCAAGAAUGGAAAGACAUCAAAAAAGAUUGUCAUUACUGACUGUGGUCAGCUGUCGUAACCCACUGCCUGUAACUCAGGAGAACUUAGAUGCUGUGAAAAAGAAAAAUGAGGAAGAAGCAAAUCUGAUUUCACUUUUAGGGUUGUUAAUUGCUGAUGUGAAAAUAUAUUUAUUUCUGUUAAAGAUAAUUCAUUGAUACUAUGAUCAGGGACAAUAGAAAUGUGAGGAACUCUAGUUAAAAAUCCAUUCAUCUUAUUGUGGGUAGGGUCUAGAGAAUCCACAUUUUUCUGUCAACUUGGCCCUACUUUUACAUUGUUGUAUAGUAUUAUUUACUAAGAACAAUGAGGAUUUUCUUAAACUAUGUAUUAAUGUGUUAAACUAAACUACCAAAAUAGAGGCUGUCAGGCCAAGUUUGGUAGAGAACCCCAUAGUAUCCUGCACGCUGAAGUGCAGUCAUUCAACACUGUAUUUGGCAGCAAUAUGAAUAUUAAUUUUGUCAUGUGUUACGAGGAACAUUGUGAGCCUUAUCAGAAUAUUUGAAAGAUUAUCUUGUUGUCGACUUGGCUAGUCAGUGUUUUCACCCUUCUCUAUUUCAAAUUAAUGUAAAGUUUGUGUUUGACAAAUACAUUCAGGUACAGGGGAUAAUUCACUAGCUGGAUAUUUCAGGCAGUAGGCAACAGUGAAGUAAUUAUGGAUGUUGCAUUUAAACUUUUGUAAUUGGGGUUAAAAUGCUUCAUUAAGAUGAAAUAAAGAAUGCUGCAUUUC